CUGGAAACAUGUCCAUCCUGACUCAACUCCUGCUCCUGUGCAACGUAAUGUUCUUGUGUUGGGCAAACAGCAGUCUGGCCAAGCGGGAAUACAUGGCGCCCCUCGAGGUGAAAUUCCAUUCACUGGACUUUAGAAAUGUCCUACACUGGAAAUGCCAACCCAGAGCACCAAACAACUUGCAGUAUUUUGUAGAGUAUAAAGUAUAUGGGAACAAACAUUGGACAGCAUGUAAACGAUGCCAGGGUAUCCUUAAGCACCAGUGUGACUUGAGCCAGGAAACGUCAGAUCCCAGGCAAUGGUAUUACGCCAGGGUGCAGGCCGUGUCCUCCAAGAAUCCGUCAUCAUGGGUCAUAAGCUCCAGAUUUCACCCCCAAUGGGAGACCACUUUCAGCCCACCACAAAUCAGGCUGAAUGUGACGGAAGAAGGAAUCGUGGUCCAGAUCAGACCUCCAAGGUCUCCUUUGCGGGGACAGAAGAAUACCAGAAUCUCAGUUACAGAACUUCAACAACUGAGAUUCAAGAUAUACCUCAUGCAAAAUGGAGUGGAGGAGAUACAUGAAAUGGAAUGUCAAUCCCAGAAGGUAGUGAUCCAGGUUUUUGAGCCCACAACCACCUACUGCUUUCAAGCCAUUACCAUAAUGCCCCUCUCGGGCCGUCUGAGUCGAAAGAGCCCCAGCACCUGCAUCACCACGCCAUGACACCUGAACUUCCAUCAACACAAGAACAAAGGGAGAAGCUCGUCAGUGAAGGACAUGUAGCAUCUUGUUUUCACAUUUGAAAUCAUAACAUUAUCAUGUAUAAUGUAAACUUUUC